UCGAGGUCCCUUUCCCCGGCUGGCUGACUGUGCCCAUUUCCACUACGAGAAUGUUGACUUCGGCCACAUUCAGCUCCUGCUAUCUCCAGAGCGUGAAGGUCCCAGCUUCUCUGGAGAGAAUGAACUGGUGUUUGGGGUGCAGGUGACCUGUCAGGGCCGUUCCUGGCCAGUUCUUCGCAGUUAUGAUGACUUCCGUUCCCUGGACGCCCACCUCCACCGGUGCAUAUUUGACCGGAGGUUUUCCUGCCUCCCAGAGCUUCCCCCACCCCCAGAGGGUGCCAGGGCUGCCCAGAUGCUGGUGCCGCUGCUGCUGCAGUACCUGGAGACCCUGUCAGGGCUGGUGGACAGUAACCUCAACUGUGGGCCCGUGCUCACCUGGAUGGAGCUGGACAACCACGGCCGGCGACUGCUCCUCAGUGAGGAGGCCUCACUCAAUAUCCCUGCGGUGGCCGCUGCCCACGUGGUGAAGCGGUACACAGCCCAGGCACCAGACGAGCUGUCCUUUGAGGUGGGAGACAUUGUCUCAGUGAUCGACAUGCCGCCCACGGAGGAUCGGAGCUGGUGGCGGGGCAAGCGGGGCUUCCAGGUCGGAUUCUUCCCCAGCGAGUGUGUGGAGCUGUUCACAGAGCGGCCGGGUCCAGGACUAAAGGGGGAUGCCGAUGGUCCCCCGGGUGGUGUCCCAGCUCCCCAGGGUAUCUCCUCUCUGACCUCAGCUGUGCCCCGGCCACGUGGGAAGCUGGCCGGCCUCCUCCGCACCUUCAUGCACUCCCGCCCUUCCCGGCAGCGGCUGCGGCAGCGGGGCAUCUUGCGGCAGAGGGUGUUCGGCUGUGACCUUGGAGAGCACCUCAGCAACUCAGGCCAGGAUGUGCCCCAGGUGCUUCGCUGCUGCUCUGAGUUCAUCGAGGCCCAUGGGGUGGUAGAUGGAAUCUAUCGGCUCUCGGGUGUGUCAUCCAACAUCCAGAGGCUACGGCAUGAGUUUGACAGUGAGAGGAUCCCUGAACUGUCUGGCCCCGCCUUCCUGCAGGACAUCCACAGCGUGUCCUCCCUCUGCAAGCUCUACUUUCGAGAGCUGCCGAACCCCUUGCUCACAUACCAGCUCUACGGGAAGUUCAGCGAAGCCAUGUCAGUGCCUGGGGAGGAGGAACGCCUGGUGCGGGUCCAUGACGUCAUCCAGCAGCUGCCCCCGCCGCACUACAGGACCCUGGAGUACUUGCUGAGGCACUUGGCCCGCAUGGCGAGACACAGUGCCAACACCAGCAUGCAUGCCCGCAACCUGGCCAUCGUUUGGGCACCCAACCUGCUACGGUCCAUGGAGCUGGAGUCAGUGGGGCUGGGGGGGGCAGCAGCCUUCCGGGAGGUGCGGGUGCAGUCGGUGGUGGUGGAAUUCCUGCUCACCCACGUGGACGUCCUGUUCAGCGACACUUUCACCUCUGCUGGCCUUGACCCUGCAGGCCGCUGCCUCCUCCCCAGGCCCAAGUCCCUUGCGGGCAGCGGCCCCUCCACUCGCCUGCUGACGCUGGAGGAAGCCCAGGCUCGCACCCAGGGCCGGCUGGGGACGCCCACUGAGCCCACAACUUCCAAGGCCCCAGCUUCACCUGUGGAAAGGAGGAAAGGGGAGAGAGGCGAGAAACAGCGGAAGCCUGGGGGUAGCAGCUGGAAGACCUUCUUUGCCCUGGGCCGGGGCCCCAGCAUCCCCCGAAAGAAGCCUCUUCCCUGGCUAGGGGGCACCCGUGCCCGACCGCCGCCUUCAGGCAGCCGACCUGACACUGUCACACUGAGGUCUACCAAGAGUGAGGAGUCUCUGUCAUCGCAGGCCAGCGGGGCUGGCCUCCAGAGGCUGCACAGGCUACGGCGACCCCACUCCAGCAGUGAUGCUUUUCCUGUGGGCCCAGCACCUGCUGGCUCCUGCGAGAGCCUAUCAUCCUCUGAGUCCUCCUCCUCCUCCGAGUCCUCCUCCUCCUCCGAGUCCUCCUCCGAGUCUUCAGCAGCUGGGCUGGGAGCACUCUCCGGUUCCCCCUCACACCGAGCCUCAGCCUGGCUAGAUGAUGGUGACGAGCUGGACUUCAGCCCACCCCGCUGCCUGGAGGGGCUCCGGGGGCUUGACUUUGAUCCCCUUACCUUUCGAUGCAGCAGCCCCACCCCAGGGGACCCUGCACCUCCUGCCAGCCCGGCACCCCCGGCCCCCGCCUCUGCCUUUCCACCCAGGGUGACCCCCCAGGCCCUCUCGCCCCGUGGGCCCACCAGCUCUGCCUCACCCAUUGCCCUGGACAUCUCAGAGCCCCUGGCUGUAUCGGUGCCACCCGCUGUCCUGGAGCUGCUGGGGGCUGGGGGAACACCUGCCUCGGCCACCCCAGCGCCAGCCCUCAGCCCCAGCCCAGGCCUGCGCCCCCAUCUCAUCCCCCUGCUGCUGCGUGGAGCUGAGGCCCAGCUGAGCGACACCUGCCAACAGGAGAUCUGCAGCAAGCUGGCACUGCCUGGUCCCCGGGGAGCCCAAGGCCAGCAUGGUGCUGGUAUGGAUUCACCGCUGCUGCCCCCACCCCUGUCCCUCCUUCGCCCUGGGGGGGCCCCGCCCCCGCCUCCCAAAAACCCAGCACGCCUCAUGGCCCUGGCCCUGGCUGAGCGGGCUCAGCAGGUGGCUCAGAGACAGAGUCAGCAGGAGCAGGGGAGCACCCCGUCUGCUCCCCACUCCCCUUUCCGUGGCUCGCUGUCCCUGGAGGUGGGCAGUGAGCCCCCAGGGACCUCAGGGAGUGGGCCACCCCCCCACUCCAUAGCGCACCCAGGUGCCUGGGCUCCGGGACCCCCACCCUCCCUACCGAGACAACAAAGCGACGGGAGCCUGGUGAGGAGCCAGCGGCCCGCGGGGACCUCAAGGAGGGGACCCAGGGGCCCUUCCCAGGUCAGUGCCCAGCUCAGGACAGGUGGGAGGUGCAGGGAUGUGCCAGAGAUGGCAGCCCACUUACUGUGUUCUGUCCCCCCACAGGUUCCUACCCCUGGCUUCUCCUCAGCCCCCCGGGAGUGCCUACCAUCCUUCCUCGGGGUCCCCAGACCAGGCUUGUACCCCCUCGGCUCCCCAUCCUUCCAGCCCAGCUCCCCGGCCCCAGUCUGGAGGAGCCCCCUGGGUCCCCCUGCACCAAUGGACAGAGGAGAGAACCUGUACUAUGAGAUCGAGGCAGGCGAGGGGUCCCCUUACUCCGGUCCCACCCGGUCCUGGAGUCCCUUGCGUUCCGUGCCCCCAGAUAGGCUCAAUGCCUCAUAUGGCAUGCUUGGCCAAUCACCACCACUCCAUAGGUCCCCUGACUUCCUGCUCAGUUACCCACCACCCACCUCCUGCUUUCCCCACGACCACCUUGGCUACUCAGCCCCCCAGCACCCUGCCCGGCGCCCCACCCGACCUGAGCCCCUCUAUGUCAACCUAGCCCUAGGGCCCAGGGGUCCCUCACCUGCCUCUUCCAGCUCCUCCUCCCCUCCAGCCCACCCCAGAAGCCGCUCUGAUCCUGGUCCCCCAGCCCCCCGCCUCCCCCAGAAACAGCGGGCCCCCUGGGGCCACCACACCCCUCACAGGGUGCCUGGGCCCUGGGGCCCUCCAGACCCUCUCCCCUACAGGGCAGCCCCACCAGCCUAUGGGAGGGGGGGCGAGCACCACCGAGGGUCCUUGUACAGGAAUGGGGGGCAAGGAAGGGAGGGGGCUGGUCCCCCACCCCCCUACCCCACUCCCAGCUGGUCCUUCCACUCUGAGGGCCAGACCCGAAGCUACUGUUGAGCCAGAGCUGGGAGAGACCUUCCUCCUUUCUCUUCUCCCUCACUGAUCUUGGUCCAGCCUAAUCCCUUGUUGUUUUUUUUGCGGUACGCGGGCCUCUCACUGCUGUGGCCUCUCCCGCUGCGGAGCACAGGCUCCGGACGCGCAGGCUCAGCGGCCAUGGCUCACGGGCCCAGCCUCUCCGCGGCAUGUGGGAUCCUCCCGGACCGGGGCACAAACCCGUGUUCCCUGCAUCGGCAGGUGGACUCCCAACCACUGCGCCACCAGGGAAGCCCUAAUCCCUUGUUUUGUAUUUUCUUGAGCUCCUGACCCCUACCCCAGGUUUCUAACUUUGUAACUUGCCUCUGAUGUGGGUCCCUAACCUGUUAUCAUAGCUUACCUACCCUGGGCUGAAGGGCAUGCUCAUCCCCCCACCAUCCUCCAUCCUGGGGGCUCUUGCACAAAUCUGAGAGGGUUAGGCUGACUCCCUGUCCUCCCUUUCUCUCCAGGAGUUCCCAGCAUGUCCUGUCCUGUGCACAGGGGGUGGGGGGACAGCUCCUGCCAUCUCCCCCCACAUACCCCA